AUGCAAAGCAGCCGGGGUCCGCCGGCGCUCAGCGUUACCGCGGAGAGCUGCAUCCCGGCUGGCCUGCGCCUGGGUCCGGUGUCCGGCACCUUCAAACUGGGCAAGUACUUGUCCGAUCGCAGGGAGCCGGGACCCAAGAAAAAGGUGCGGAUGGUGAGAGGGGAACUGGUGGACGAAGCCGGGGGCUCUGCUGUGGAGUGGAUAGGGUUAAUCCGGGCUGCCAGGCACUCUCAAGAACAGACCUUGGAAGCUAUUGCAGAUCUACCGGGCGGACAGAUUUUCUACCGGGCGCUGCGAGACGUCCAGCCGGGAGAGGAGCUGACCGUGUGGUAUUCCAGCUCCUUGGCUCAGUGGUUUGACAUCCCCACCACCGCUACUCCGACGCACGACGAAAAAGGCGAAGAGCGCUACAUCUGCUGGUACUGCUGGCGGACCUUCAAGUACCCCAACAGCCUCAAGGCGCACGUCCACUUCCACUGCGUACUGAACAACGGCCGCAGCUUCCUGGGCUCGCCGGAACACGCCCGGCCUUCGGACCUGUUCAGCCUGUCGCUGAAGCCCGCGGCUGCGCCGGCGUCCUUAAGGACCCACUGCACUGGCGGAUCCAGGGAGAGCAUCAAGCGGGAAUCCUCGGGCUCGCCGCCAGUGGCCAAGGCGGGUGGCGGCGGGCGCAAGGCGGCGGCCAAAGAGGAGCAGGAGAGGGCCUUGGACAUGAGCGUCAGCUCGACGGGACGGGGUCCAGGGCAGUUCCUGGGCUUGUUGGGCAGCGGCGGCAGCAACGGGCUGUCCUUCUACCCCGGGGCAAGGUCCGCCUUCAAGCCCGCCGGCCUGGCCAAAGCGAACCAGGCGGACUCUUCUCCACCGGCUUCUUCUUUCCGGGAAGAGGGCAAGGCCAGCGGCUUCAGCAAGCUCUUGGGGAGCCUCAAGCCCAGCCGCUCCAGCGGCGAAGGUCCCCUGGGCUGCCAUGCGGCUACCGCGCCGCCUCACUCAGCGGCGGCGGCAGGCUUGGCUUAUUCGGGGGCCGCCCGAGGCUUCCCACUGCUCUCGCACUUCGAGGAGACGUCUGCCUUCAAGCACGUCGAGAGGGGUCUCCACGCCAGCCUGUCGCCGCCCGCCUCCGCCCGCUACCCGCCUCUCCCCAGCGGGCUCCACCUGGAGCGCUUCGCAGCCGCCCUGCCGCCCUUCGACGGGCUCAAGCCCUUCUCUGCGUCGGCUGAGUGCAGCCUCCCGCCCUUCAUGCCUUUCACCGUUUACAACGGCGAGCUGCUCUACAGCGCCCCUUACUACCCGCUCAAGCUGCACUUUGGCAACCUCCUCAAGUACCCGGAGUCCGUGUCCUAUUUCAACGGGGCUGCUGCUGCGGCGGCUGCAGCGGCUGCAGCGGCAGCAGGCCUGAACCCGUCGGAGCUGGGCUCCCUGGCCAGCAUCGACCGCGAGAUCGCCAUGCACACGCAGCAGCUGUCGGAGAUCGCGGCGGCCGAAAAGAGUCGCGGGCGCUUGGAGAGCUUGCAGCCAUCCGCGCCGUCGGGCCCGGCAGGCAGCAAGCCCAAGACGGGCCACUUGUGCCUGUAUUGCGGCAAGCUGUACUCGCGCAAGUACGGCCUGAAGAUCCACAUGCGGACUCACACAGGCUACAAGCCGCUCAAGUGCAAGGUGUGCUUGCGCCCCUUCGGAGACCCCAGCAACCUCAACAAGCACAUCCGCCUGCACGCCGAGGGCAACACGCCCUACCGCUGCGAGUUCUGCGGCAAAGUGCUGGUCCGGCGCCGGGACCUGGAGAGGCACGUCAAGUCCCGGCACCCGGGCCAGAGCUUGCCCAAGGGCGGCGCCGGCGGCGCAGAGGACAGGAGCGGCGCCGACGCCGCCGGGUACACACGCCCGGAGCUGCAGGAGCCAAAGACUGACAACGAGAGCGACGUCGACGUCUGCUUCACGGACGAUCAGAGCGACCAAGACACGGGCGGCAGCAGCAGCGGAGGCGGAGGCGGAGGCUGCCGGGCCAAGGAGCAGCAAUAG